AUGCCUCUUAUUCUUACUUUUGUUGAUUAUGAGAAACCUUUUAACAGCGUCGAUACGAGUGCGGUCCUGUCAGCACUGACCGAUCAAGGAGUGGACUCUCUCUACAUGAGAGCUCUAGCGCGCUGCAGUAGUCGCUGCAGCGCGACGGUGAAACUGUUCCAACGACCUCUCGCCAUUCUCGUAAAGAAGGAUGUGACAGAAGGCGGCACUAUUUCGCUAGAGCUGUUCACGGCCGCGCCGCAGUGUGCUAUGAAGUCGCUAGACUGGGACGAAAAGGGCAUUCAUGUGGAUGGACGGUGCCUCCGCUCUGCUGAUAACAUCGUUCUCUUUUCAAGCAACGCUGUGAAAGAUGGGGAUAUGCGUGCUGAGCUCGAUGAAGCAGGAAAGAAGGUAGGGCUGCGGAUCAGUCAAACAAAGACACAGUUCAUAAAGAAUGCUUGGGCUGACGAAGCUUAA